GCCAACCAGCGCAUUUUAGCUCUACCUUAUUCUCCUACACACCAAACUUCCCCAACCAAUUGCUAAAAUACGCCGAGUCACCCCAUACCCCACCAUCCCUUCUGGUUCCUCUUGUUUCAGAAACUGAAAUUAGCAAGCCACGGGCUGAGAUUUUCUAAAAUAUAUACACACAUGUUUUUUUUUAUGUAUAUAUUCUUAUGUACAGCACAAAAGCAUAGAAUUAGACAGAAAAGUGGAAAGAAAAAGGUCUGCUUGUUUGUUUUAUGCAACUUUUUUUUUGGUGCCUGUUGCAUAUAAGGCAAAUACAUAAAUUUUAAUACUACUUACUAUUUUAGUAUUUUAUAUAUAUACUGGGAGCUGGUCAAGAUUCAGUUACCAUAUAGUUGGGCGAAGGGUCCUGUCAUAAGUCGAUAAGCUUUCUUCGUGUUGAGAGAAUCAAGAAAAUCUUGGUGACCCAAUUCACGAAUCCUCAAGAAUUGUAAUGGCUACAGUUAGCUAUUCUCAGAACAUCAUGGAUGAUGAAUAUGAAAAAUUUAUCAGAAGAAUGAAUCCACCAAGAGUGGUAAUUGACAAUGAGUCCUGCAAAAAUGCCACUAUUAUACAGGUAGAUAGUGCUAACAAACAUGGAAUACUUCUAGAGGUUGUACUAGUUUUAACUGAUCUUAACCUUGUCAUUACCAAGGCUUAUAUUUCCUCUGACGGUGGAUGGUUCAUGGAUGUUUUCAAUGUGACUAAUCAAGAAGGGAACAAGAUUACAGAUGAGGCAAUGUUGGAUUAUAUCAUGAAGUCUCUUGGUCCAGACUCUUGUUUUGCGUCAUCUAUGAGAAGAUCGGUUGGGGUUACCGCAGGAAUGGACCACACCUCAAUUGAGUUAAUUGGAAGUGAUAGACCUGGGCUAUUGUCUGAGGUGAGCGCUGUCCUUACCAACCUCAAAUGCAAUGUGGUAAAUGCUGAGGUGUGGACCCAUAACACCCGAGCAGCAGCGAUAAUGCAAGUUACUGAUGAGGAACAUGGAGGUGCAAUUACUGACCCGGAAAGGUUGUCUACGAUGAAGCAACUCUUGUGCAAUGUACUUAGAGGUAGCAAUAAAUUAAGGGAUGCAAAGACAAUAGUAUCCGAUGGGGUCUCUCAUACUGAGAGACGGCUUCACCAGCUGAUGUUUGCAGACCGGGACUAUGAACGUACUACUGGUGAAGGAUUGGAUGAUAAAGACAGGCCUAAUGUGAAUGUUGUUAAUUGGCAAGACAAGGACUACUCGGUUGUUACAAUCAAGUGCAAAGAUAGACCGAAGCUUCUCUUUGAUACUAUUUGUACAUUGACAGAUAUGCAGUAUGUGGUUUUCCAUGGCAAUGUUGAUGCUGAAGGACCACAAGCUCACCAGGAGUACUGCAUAAGACAUGUAGACGGAUCCCCGGUGAAAUCUGACGCAGAGCGGCAAAGAGUGAUACAAUGUCUUGAAGCAGCAAUAGAAAGAAGAGUAUCUGAGGGAUUGAAGCUAGAGCUAUGUACGACGGACAGAGUAGGACUACUAUCUGAUGUUACUAGGAUCUUCCGCGAGAAUAGCCUCACUGUCACCAGAGCGGAAGUGACAACGAGAGCAGGCAAAGCUCUAAAUAUAUUCUAUGUUCGCGAUUCCUCAGGGUAUCCUGUUGAUGCUAAGAUAAUAGAAUCUGUUCGUCAAACAAUUGGACAGACAAUACUUAGAGUGAAAGGCAACAUCGAAGAGUUAAAUCCAGUUCCACAAGAAUCUCCAACCAGGUUCCUUUUUGGUGGUCUAUUCAAGUCCAGAUCUUUUUGUAAUUUUGGUUUGGUUAGGUCCUAUUCUUGAAAACUUAGAUCAUAGUCCUCGUCCAGUGUACAUUCGAUUCCCUCUAUAUUAACCUACAUUCCCUCUUUCUAGGUUUAAGAUCUAGUUUAGCAAAGUUGAUUACAGUAACUUUGAGGUUUUAGAGGCAAAAAAGAUGACAGUUGUCUGUAAAUAUGUUUUCUUGAUUGUUCAUUAGUUAUGGAUUCAACACGACGUUGUCCAGUGAAGCAAACAACUGUGUCGAAAUUGGUACUUACAUGUUUAGUAGGUUUACUCUUUUGCUUUUAAUAUAUGUCUAACUGUACAGCCAAAUGUGGCCCUUUAUUA